AUGCUCUUGCGUCCAUUCGUCCGGUCCGCCUCCGUGCUACGUCGUCCUGUGUCGUUAUCACUGGCCUUUCAUUCUUCUACUGCUCUUCAUGUAUCUGCCAUAUCCGCUGUCGAGCUACUAUCCAAAAAUUCUGCUCUUCAACCCGAUGAUGGCGCUGUUCGGACACUUUUAGAGCAUUCCAUCGCUCAACGCCGCCCUACGCAGGCACUGAUCCAUUUGGCGAAGCUGCAGUCACCUCCAGAUUUUGAGCUAUUACAGAAACUAGCAAUUUUGCUCGCACGACAGAAGAAGAGCAGAUCUUAUGCAUUGCGUGCCUUUGAGAUCCUGCGUGGAGUGUAUCACGCACCUGGUUUAAAACCCGACGACUACACUAAACUAGCGUCGAUAUACGUUAUGGACGCGUGCCUCCGCUUUCGUUUGCUUGAUUUAGCAAUGGAGUUGUACGAUGAAGCCGUAAAUCAGGCAGUGGUGCUGGAUUUACCGGCAUAUGAUGGACUAAUGAUGGCAUUGGUUGAGGCUAGGAGACUGGAGGAAGCUACAGAGAUUUUGAGAGAAAUUGUGCAUGGGGAAGAUGUGUGUCCUCCCGAGCAAAUGCUCUUGCCAGUUCUGAUGGAGCUGAUCAAGAGCAAGGAAUAUGAAAAUGCGACGGAAAUUAUGAAACAGGGAAUGAGUCGUGGAGUGGAGUUUAGUGACGAGACGUUCCACCCGUUGCUUAUGCAGGCAGAAAAGGAUACGGCGUCUACAGACUCGCUCGUCAAUUUUCUGACUUUUGUUGAAGAUUCAUGGGAAGAGUGCAAGGAUAUUGAUGACUUCAAUGCGGAUGAAAACGACACGGACGACUCGGAAAAUUCCUUCCACGGCUUUUAA